UGGUUUUUUUGCAGGAAAAUUAAGAGAUAUCAUAAGCUAGAGUAUAUGAUUGAGAUAUUCAAGGUAUUAGCUGAAUGCAGCAGAAAGAUCCAUAGUAGUUUAUUUAAACAUUCGUCAAGGCCAAUAUAUCAAGGACUAAAGAAGAUAACAUUUCGUCAUAUAGAGGAGAAUGAGAAAUCUAUAUGUAAAGAGUUUUGUUCAGGAAACAAUAUAGAAGAAGGUUAUAUGGAUUAUCAAAAAAAGAUGAUUCAAAAAAAUCUUUCUCAAUGUGCGAGUUUUGAGAAAUAUACAUUAAUUGAAAAAAUGGGAGAUGGCGCGUACAGCGAAGUUUAUAAAGCAAUUUGUAAUGAAACUAAGGAAUAUGUUGCUAUUAAAGCGAUUCGUAAAUACCAGCUUAAUUAUACACAGAAGGUUAGUGUUUUUAAAGAAAUUCGGAUUAUGCAGGACAUCAAUCAUCCAAAUAUUGUACGUUUUCUUGGAUUUUUGGAAAACAAUGAUUAUUAUUUUCUUAUUCUUGAACUUGUUGAAGGAGGAGAGAUUUUUUAUCAAAUUGUUCGACUUACAUAUUUUUCAGAGGAACUUUCUAAACAUAUUAUUACACAAGUUGCCCAUGCUAUACAUUAUCUUCAUGAAGAGAAAGGAGUAGUUCAUAGAGAUAUUAAACCGGAAAAUAUUCUUUUUAAGCCGAUACCAUUUCUUCCUAGAAAAUAUUCUAAAUCAAAAAAGGAUAUGGAUAAAAUUGAUGAGGGUGAAUUUAUUCAAGGUUUUGGUUCUGGUACUAUUGGUCAAGUUAAAAUUGCAGACUUUGGACUUAGUAAGGUUGUUUGGGAUAAACAAACAAAGACACCUUGUGGUACUAUUGGUUAUACUGCCCCGGAAAUUAUAAAAGAUCAAAAAUAUUCUAAAUGCGUUGAUAUGUGGGCAUUAGGUUGUGUUCUUUAUACCUUUCUUUGCGGAUUUCCUCCUUUUUAUGAUGAAAAUGCUCAAAUACUUUCAAGAAAAGUCGCUAGAGGCGAAUUUACUUUUGCAAGUCCUUGGUGGGAUAAAAUUAGUAAAAGCGCACAAGAUCUUAUUAGUAAUCUUUUGACGGUCGACCCUAAAAAACGAUAUACUAUUGAUCAAUUUUUAAAUCAUCCAUGGAUUCGGGAAUCUAAAAAUCAAACUCUUAACAAUACAUCUCAUCCUUCUAACUCCCUAACUAUCAAUCCUAUCUCUUCAUGGUCUUAUAUAAGAGAUUAUUCUACAAAUAAAGAACAUAAUAAGGAAUAUAAAAAUGAUUUUAGAUCUCCUGAUACUGUUUCUCUACGUGAUAUAUUUGACAUUUCUUAUAAAGUACAACGUAUAAAGGAAGAAAAUACAUACAAAACAUCCAUCUUAUUAGACAAUACUUUUCAAAAUAAUUUGAAUAACAUUUCAUACUACAUCGAAGAGACAAUACAAAGGAAAUUAUAUCAUCAGAUAUACCACUCUCCUAAUGAAAAUAUCUACACUUCUGAAAAACAAAAAAAACAUACAAAUAACGGUAAAAAUAUCAAUUCUUCUUUUAAUCCUCUUUAUUUAUCAAAUUUAAAUUCUUCAUCGGAUCACUUCUCUUAUUACUCUCAAUCUUGCGUCGAACUCUUAUUAGAAAAAUCUACACUUUUAUGCAGAAGAAAGGCUUUAUUUGCUCUUUGAUUUUCAAUGAUUUCUUUUUCAUUUCUCAUCUUUAUUCAUUCUAUAA